GAGGUUGACGUCAUGGUGACUGUCAAUUCCUCUUCCUGCCUACAUGGAUCCAGUCAGCUCGUAGUCUCCAUGGUUUUCUGUUGGUUUUUAUGAACAACAGCGAAUAAAAAAUUUCCACUAUGGCCUCUCGAGAAGGUCCAAGAGCAUCAGGCACGGAUGGCAGUGACUUUCAGCACCGAGAGCGGGUCGCUUCGCACUACCAGAUGAGCGUUGCCCUGAAGUCUGAAAUCCGUAAACUCAACAUCGCCCACGUCCUGAUUUGGGUCCUGAUGGCAGCUCAGGUGACAGUGAGCCAGCUGAGCCUGGUGUCCCACAAGGUGGUUGCCUCUCCAUACCAAUGGGAGUACCCCUACCUGCUGAGCAUAAUUCCCACAGUCUUCAGCUUCUCGGCGCUGCCCCGCAACAACAUAAGCUACUUGGUGGUCUCCAUGAUCAGCGGCGGGCUGUUCUGCGUGGCCCCUCUGAUCUACGGCAGCAUGGAAAUGUUCCCCGUGGCACAGCAGCUCUACCGGCACGGCAAAUCGUACCGCUUCAUCUUUGGCUUCUCCGCCGUGACCGUCAUGUACCUGGCGAUCAUCAUCGCCGUGCAGGUGCACGCCUGGCAGAUCUACUACAGCAAGAAGCUGCUGGACCAGUGGUUCACCAGCACGCAGGACAAGAAGAAGAAAUGAGGCUACACUCGGGAGUUUUGCAGAUCGAUUCCGGCACUGACCGAGAGAAGAGACUCUCAAAACUAUUCAUCUUUUUCUAUAUUUAUAUUCGACAGUGAUGACAUCAUUGUUGAUAUAAAAAAGAGUCCUUGGAUUUCUGAUGCCAUCACUCUGUACAUAAAGGAUUAAGGGUGGAAUCUAGAUUUGAGACACUUACAUGGCCUUUCCACUGCUGGUAUAGUGUUGUGGCUUGUAUUGCAGAGUUAAAAGCUUGAUAUUGAAAUUUUAAUUUGACCUCCUGAGAAAUGUCUUUCUGCUGUCUCCACCCUUAAUCCUCCAGGCAUUACAUAGUUGAAAACGCUGUAAACGCCUUGUUCGUACCUCGUUAUUUCAGGUACCGACAGUUAAAGAUGAAAAAAACAACAUAGGUUAGUAUGUCAUUUUUUCGACAUGCUGUAUCCCAUCUCAGUGUAGUGUGUGAUUUUAAGU